UCUCUCUCUCUCUCAUCCAAAUUCGAAUCACAUUAUGGGUUUACAAGGGGAUGAAGAAACAAAGAUGAUGAGGAGGAAAUCUUCCAUUUUUAGGUACAAUUCACCCUUAGUUCAAGUGACUCUGAUUGGAUUAGUAUGCUUUUGUUGUCCCGGGAUGUUCAACGCCUUGUCAGGGAUGGGCGGCGGAGGGCAGGUGGACCCCACGGCUGCCAACAACGCCAACACUGCCCUUUAUACCACGUUUGCAGUCUUUGGCAUCCUCGGUGGCGGCAUCUACAACAUCCUUGGUCCACGUACCACCCUCUUCGCUGGCUGCUCCACCUACGUCCUCUACGCCGGCUCCUUCCUCUACUACAACCACUACCACCACCAGCCCUUCGCCCUCACAGCCGGCGCUCUCCUGGGCGUCGGCGCUGGCCUACUCUGGGCUGGCCAGGGGGCAAUCAUGACCGCUUACCCCCCAGCUGACCGCAAAGGUACCUACAUCUCCCUCUUCUGGACCAUCUUCAACAUGGGCGGCGUCAUUGGCGGCCUCAUCCCGUUCAUCCUCAACUACCACCGUGGCGCCACCACUGCCGCAGCCUCUGUAAACGACGCCACCUACAUCGGUUUCAUGAUUUUCAUGUUGGUUGGCACUCUCCUUUCCCUUGCAAUCCUACACCCCAGUCGCGUAAUUCGCGACGACAGUUCUCUAUGUACUAGCAUUAAGUACUCGAGUAUUUCAGUCGAAUCAACUGAAAUACUCAAACUGUUUCUCAAUUGGAGGAUGCUGUUGCUAUCACCCGCGGCCUGGGCUAGUAACUUUGUUCACUGUUACCAAUUCAACAAUGUCAAUGGAGUUUUGUUCGAUCUUAGGACUCGAGGGUUGACCAAUAUGUGCUAUUGGACGGCGCAGAUGAUUGGAUCGUUGGUGAUCGGAUACAUAAUCGAUUUCAGUUUUAAGAGUAGGAGGGUGAGAGGACUUGUGAGUGUUGGGAUUGUUGGUUUGGCUGGGACUGGAAUUUGGGUUGGUGAACUUGUGAAUCAACUCAAAUACUCGCGCCUUGAUCUGCCUAAGAGGUUGGAUUUUAAGGACAAUGGUUCGGAAUUCGCAGGACCGUUGGUGUUGUAUUUUGCUUAUGGGCUGCUUGAUGCCAUGUUUCAGAGCACGGUUUACUGGAUCAUCAAAUGGUGA